AACCCGGGAGUCUGGCUGUAGCGCUGAAAAACUUGUUGUUGUCGGGCAAAAUGGCGUCAAACGUAGAGGCCCCGGAACGCUGGUACCUCGCCCUUCUCGGCUUUGCGGAGCAUUUCCGAACGUCUAGUCCGCCUAAAAUCCGUCUGUGUGUGCACUGUUUACAGGCAGUGUUUCAAUUUAAACCUCCACAGCGGAUCGAAGCCCGGACACAUCUCCAGCUAGGCUCGGUUCUCUACCACCACACCAAGAACAGCGAGCUGGCCCGCAGCCACCUGGAGAAAGCGUGGUUUAUAUCGCAACAAGUCCCACAGUUUGAGGAUGUUAAAUUUGAAGCUGCCAGUAUUUUGUCUGAACUCUUCUGCCAACAGAACUUGGUUGACUCUGCAAAACCCCUACUGCGCAAGGCCAUCCAGAUAUCACAACAAACACCUUACUGGCAUUGCAGACUGUUGUUCCAGUUGGCGCAACUUCAUACUCUGGAGAAAGACUUGGUGUCAGCAUGUGACCUGCUGGGUGUUGGAGCUGAGUAUGCUCGAGUGGUUGGGUCAGAAUAUACCAGGGCAUUGUUUCUACUCAGCAAAGGAAUGCUGCUGCUAAUGGAAAGGAAACUCGGGGAGGUGCAUCCUCUUCUCACACUUUGUGGAACCAUUGUUGAAAACUGGCAGGGAAACCCCAUCCAGAAGGAGUCGCUGAGAGUCUUUUUCUUAGUUCUACAGGUCACACACUACCUGGACGCUGGGCAGGUGAAGAGUGUGAAGCCGUGUCUGAAGCAGCUGCAGCAGUGCAUACAGACCAUUUCCACACUCCACGAUGAUGAGAUUCUGCCCAGCAACCCAGCUGACCUCUUCCACUGGCUGCCCAAGGAGCACAUGUGUGUCCUCGUCUAUUUGGUCACAGUCAUGCACUCCAUGCAAGCGGGGUAUUUGGAGAAAGCCCAGAAGUACACAGACAAGGCUCUCAUGCAGCUCGAGAAACUUAAAAUGUUGGACUGCAGCCCCAUCCUCUCCACCUUUCAAGUCAUCUUACUGGAGCACAUCAUCAUGUGUAGACUUGUCACGGGGCACAAGGCUACUGCACUACAAGAGAUCUCACAGGUGUGUCAGCUGUGCCAACAGUCCCCCAGGCUAUUCACCAACCACGCUGCUCAGCUUCACACUCUAUUAGGUCUGUACUGUAUUUCAGUUAACUGCAUGGAUAAUGCAGAGGCACAGUUUACGACAGCCUUGCGGCUCACCACACACCAGGAACUGUGGACAUACAUCGUAACCAACUUGGCCAGUGUCUACAUAAGGGAAGGAAACAGACACCAGGAGCUGUAUAGCCUCCUGGAGAGAAUAAACCCAGACCAUAACUUCCCAGUAAGCUCCCAUUGCCUCCGUGCUGCAGCCUUCUACAUCAGGGGACUCCUGUCCUUCUUUCAAGGACGCUACAAUGAGGCAAAACGCUUCCUGAGGGAAACCCUGAAGAUGUCGAACGCUGAGGAUCUGAACAGACUGACUGCCUGCUCCCUGGUUCUGUUGGGCCACAUCUUCUAUGUAUUGGGCAACCACAGAGAAAGCAACAACAUGGUGGUACCUGCCAUGCAGCUCGCAAGCAAGAUCCCGGACAUGUCUGUCCAGCUCUGGUCUUCAGCCCUGUUAAAAGACUUGAACAAGGCCCUUGGUAACACCAUGGAUGCUCAUGAAGCAGCCCAGAUGCAUCAGAACUUCUCCCAGCAGCUGCUACAGGACCACAUUGCUGCCUGCAGCCUCCCUGAGCAUAACCUUAUCAGUUGGACUGACGGCCCUCCUCCUGUCCAGAUCCAAGCCCAGAAUGGCCCAACCACCAGCCUCGCAAGCCUGCUAUGAGAAAACCCCUGUCUAAGACAACAGUAGUUUGUAUUAUAAGCAACAGACUAAUGCUGACCACCUGCUGUCAGGCCACUGUAGCUGAGAUAUGAAUGGAUUUUAACAGGUCCCUGAGUUCAGGCCUUCACUUCAUUAGCCUCUCAACAUUGCUUCCUGAUUGUCCGCUAUAACACUUUUUAAUUGUUAACACAACUACAACUACUGUUCAUGUAUUUCAUGCUCUCAGACAGCAAAGAUGCUACUCUUGAUUAGAGCAGAGGAGGACGCGUGGAGAUAAGUUAACGGGCUUCCUUGCCUGAGAGAAAGACAGCCCUUCUCUGUGUUUCUUUCCCGUUUGGUGGAAAACAGAGGGGGAAGGUUGGGGACAUGUAGAGAAAAUUAAUUUAUUCAUGUUGAUAUUUUUGUAACUGCUGGUAAAUAUUUUACAUCUUGCCUUUUGUUUGUAAACAUCUUGUUUUUUCAUGCAUGGAAGUUACUGAUGUUGACUCCCUGUACAUUAGUUUCAGACCUGGGUUCCUAACAAGACAUUCUUAGUAGAUACAUUUUGCACAAAUCCACGUUAGAAAGAGUAGGGACGACUUGUAAUAUAUUUUCACACAAUAAUCAGUUUGAACGUUUCAUGAUGCAAACAGACACUGUGCAUUGUAUUGGGAUAUGCACUGUGCUGUGUGCAGUUCCUCCAUGGACCAGAACAUGCCUCACUUGGGUCUGUUAAUGAGCAAUGUUUAAAUACUUCAAUUUUAUAUCAUUUGGUGGUUAGGAGCUGCCACAUACCUGUUAAAACAACACACCUAAAAUAACUUUUUGAAGUUCAAUAUUCUAUGAAAACCCUUUUGAUGUAUUCAUUUUUACAGAUUGAUGAGCUAAAGUUAACCCUCGAAUAUUCAAAAGUCAACUUAUUUUAUGUUGUUAUAUUUUAAUUUGUCUUGAUUGUUCUACUAAAGGGUUUCUUUUCAGUAUGUUUGUAUAGAUUUGCCACUCGUCAAACCUUUAUUGUACAGUGACAUUUUAUAAAGUCAAUUUAGUAAAGUGUGAUAUGUAUUUUUAGCUAUCCUCUGUAGAAAUCUCAAUGCUUGGUAUCUAAGGCACUCUGUACGGACACAGUUUAAGCUCGAGUACUAGCCAUAGACUAUUCUAUCCAAUGCCUAUGUUUUUAAUUCUUAUGUUGUUUUCGAUAAUUUUCCAAUAAAAAUCUGAUUGAAACGUUA